CCGGUUUGACAGAUGUUCGUCGGGGGGAAAGUCGCCUCCAUUCAGCGCCGAGCAGCGGACGACGGCGACGGAGGCUCGCUUUUGGAUUGUUUUUCGCCGCACCGACUGAAACAUGUCCGGGGAAAAGGCGACCACCUCCUGCAACAAGUUCCAGGCCAACGUGUUCAACACGAGCAAAUGUCAAAACUGCUUCAAGUCCCGCGAGCUGCAUCUCCUUGGCGACCGCGACGUGGAGCAGGCGAAGCCCAUCUACUGCAGCUGGCUGUGUUUGGCCCCGGUGGGCACAGACUUCGACAACCCCGUGCAGCGCUCCCGGAAAUGGCAGCGGCGCUUCUUCGUCCUGUACGAACACGGCAGCCUGAGCUACGCCCUGGAUCAACAGCCCAGCACGCUGCCUCAGGGGACGGUCAGCAUGAGUCUGUGCACAGAUAUCUCCGACGCGGAGUCCCGGACGGGCCAGAGAAACGCCCUCUGCAUCAAAACCCCGGAGCAGGAGAUAUUCAUCCGCGGUGACAACAAAGAGAUCAUUAACGGCUGGAGGGAACAGCUGUCCGCCUACCUGCGCACAAACAAACACAGCCAGAAGAAAAAGCGGAAGGUCGAACCCAUCGCCAAUCAGGAGCCAAGCCCGGCAAAGAUGGCCGCAACCGAUCUGAGCUUUGCGCCCACUGAAGGAGCCUCAGAGGGGACCCCGGUCAGGACCAGCACAGAUCCUCAGGGUCCGGAGUGGAUCCCUGCCGGCAGCGGCCCUCCGAGCAGCUCUGCCUUCGACUCGGUUGUUGGGAGCUCCGGACAGAUUCAGGGCGAGGACAGGAGGUCUGCAGAGCCAGUCACCAGGAAGGAGCGCGUGGGGGGGGCAGCUGUCCCCAGACAGGGCCGGAUGGAGACCCGCACCAGCAAGAGAGAGAAACUGCCAUCGUGUGCAGACGUGGUCCAAACUGAGGCCCCCCCCCCUCAGAGAAGAGCCAAAUCUCUGGACCGAAGGACCUCAGACACGGUCAUGACGCCGGAUUUACUGAACUUCAAGAAAGGCUGGAUGGUUAAACUGGAGGAAAAUGAUCAGUGGAAGAAAUACUGGUUUGUGCUCUCGGCGGACAGUCUGAGAUACUACAGGGACCCCUUAGCUGAGGAGGCCUCAGAUCUGGAGGGUGAAAUCGACCUAGCAAAGUGUUACAGCGUCUCAGAGUAUCAGGUGCAAAGGAACUACGGCUUUCAGAUCCACACUCUGAGGGGCGUCUUCACGCUGUCGGCCAUGACAGCAGGAAUCCGCGAGAACUGGAUCCAAGUGCUGAUGAAGAACGUGCACCCAGCCAACGCCCCUGAUGUCGCCAGUUUACCCGGCCCCCCCGAGGUCCUGCCCAAACCAGAUGUGACGCAGGACUCUGACGUAAUCACGGACCGACGCCCCCCCGCCAAGCCCCGGAGCCUGAAGGAGGAGAGGCAGGACGGAAAUCACACAGCCUUCGACUGGGCCGAGUUCAGGCCUCAGGCCAAGCUUACGGCGGAGGCCGAGAGGCAGGAAACCGGCCCCCCGCGCUCCCUGGAGCUGGACUACCAGGAGAGGCGGAGGAGGCGGGAGGAGAGGAGGCAGCGGUACGAGAGAGAGCUGCUCAUCUCUUUUGGGCGGGAAGAGAGCGGGGAGAAGGUGUCCGACGGCACCGAGCGAGCUCUGAGUCCAAAGUCCCAGCGGAGGGUGGAGGAGGAGAUAGAGGAGUGCUGGAAGCAGGUGGAGAGGACCGUGUUCAGGGCGGAGAGGACGCUGCCCCUCAACUCUGAAGCCAGAGACACAGCAGAGGUUGAAGAUCUGAAGAUCCAGCUGGCCGAGUCGGAGCGCCUCAGGCUGCAGCUGGAAGCUGAGCUCACUUCACACAGACUCAGUCAGCAGCAGAUGGUUCCUCCACUUCGCUCUGAAGCAGAUUUCUGCUCAGAAAACACAAGUAAAACCUCAGUAAACGACUUAAAGGAUUCACAGCAGACGAGCACGGAGCAGCGCCUCAUCGGAGAGGACGUGACUGACGCGCUCCCCCUCAACUCGUCUUCAUCGGCGCCUCGGCUGCCAAACGUCUGUUUGCAACAUCUGGAGGACUUUUUUCCUGAGACCGAAGUCUCAUCGGCAUUGGACGGCCGACAUGAGCUGUGUCUGACCGACGGACCGGAGCUAAACUUCGAUGCCUGGAACGGUUUGGGCCGAGAAGACUGUCAGCGGCUUUCCAGCUCGGACACAAAAACAAAUAACGGCGAGCUCUUUACUCCUGAGAACCCCGCAGGGAAAGAUGGCCGCUCUCUGACCGACGUGGCUCCAGACCUGCUGCUGGUGAAGACUCUCUCCAAAGAGCUGGAGCUCCUCUCCCACCAGAACGCAGCCCUCCACCAGCACAACCAGGAGGUGCUGAAUCAGCUGACGGAGGCCGACCGCGAGAUCGAACGGCUGAAAGCGGAGCUCAGCAGCAGGUACACUGAACCUCACCACCUGCCUGAAGUGGAACAGCAGGAAAAGAUGAGAUUGGAGGAUCUGGAGAAGGAGCUGAGUCUGAGGAACCAGGAGCUCCUGGAGGCCCAGAUGCUGAUAAUGUCCCUGAGGGAGAGCGAAGCUCUGACGCAGCUGAAAAACCUGACGGGGAGCGAAGGAUCGGAAGACGAAAACAAGAACAACACGGAGAAAACGGACGGAUACCUGCUGCGGUGUUUCGAGGCCACAGAGGCCAAGCUGACGGAGCUGGAGAGGCAGCUGGAGGAGUCACGGCUGAGCUGCAGGGAGCUCCAGCAAAAGAACGCAGAGCUGGAGGAGGCCGGCUCCCUCUGCUCUGAAAGUCUGGAAAAAAAGCUCUGUGAGGAGUGUGAGAGAAGGCUGAACGGAGAGGGAGAGAACAGGACUGUUUCCAGUGAAGACAGGACUGUCUCCAGUGAAGAAAAGAUCCGGAAAGUCAUCCAGGGGAUGCUGCUGAGGCAGAGGGUUUUGGGGAAGCUGCUCGGAGUCAUCGAAGGUUUGGGCUGUGAGAAAGAAACCGAGGAGGUGGAGGAGAGUCCCACUGUGGGGAGUCAGCUGAGGCGGGAGGAGGAAAUGUGGAGGGAAACCCUCAACAGGCUGAAGGAGGAAACUCGAUCGGACGACCCCGUGGACGCACUCGUUCUGGAGGGAGCAGAGUGUCAGAUGGUGGAGAGACAAAUCUUACUGGCGGGUUAUGAUCUGCUUCUUCGUGCAGAGGAGGAGAGGGGGGGUGAGGGUGAGGGCGGCUGGUGGGGGUCUGAGGUGGAGCGUCUAAAAGCCGACACGCAGAGGAAAAUCUCCCUGCUGCUCCGGAUCUCCUCGCUCAGCGUCUCCGAACUGGACGGCCUCCGACCGGCAGCAGACAGGCUCUACCCGUCCCUCUCAGAGCCCCCCGGCCCCGCCCACAUCCUCCACCCCACAGCCAUAGAGACACUCUCCCGCUGUCGACUGAAGGAAAAGAGCGAGAGACCCCCCUGUCCCAAAUGCGUCUCCCUCCUGGAGGAGAACCGGCAGCUAAAGGCAACAUGGCGUCCCUCAAAGGAUGUGAUCUCCACAUGCUGCCAGACGGAGGAGAGCCGGGACCCAGACUCUGAGGAGAUGGAAAUCCCUCCUUUAGGAGAGCACAAACUCUCAGAGGAAAUGGAUGAAGAAGGUGAAGUUUUGAGCUGGAGAGGAAAAGUGAAGGAGCUGGAGGAGCAGCUGUUUGUCUCAGAGGGCAAAACGAGAGAAGAGUUUGAAGAGAAGACGAGGGUUUUGCAGCUGCAGCAUGAGGCAGAGAUGGAGAAACUGAAGGUCACAUGUGAGCGUGGGCUGACCUCCAUGGAGGAGUCCCUCCUGAAGGUGGUGGAUGAGCUACAGCGUCUCCACCAACAGGAGCUGGAGUUCCUGCGGAGGGAGAAAGACCGGCUGCUGGAGGAGGAGGCCGCCGCCACCGCCAUCGCGCUGGAAGCCUUCAGGAACGCUCACCGAGUGGAGCUGCAGAGGGAGGUCCAGAGGAGCAGCAGCUAUGGAAACGCACAGAUGGAGGACGUCCACAGACAACACAGGGAGGAGCUGGACUCCUUCCAGCGGGAGCUGGAUGCUUUAUCGCAGCAGUUCUCUCUCAGAUGUCUGGAGAACAGGCAUCUGGUCCAGGCUCUGGACGCAGAGAGGAAAGCCUUGUGUCAGUGCCAGCUGGAAAACCAGGACCUGAGGACCAGAAACCAGGAGCUGAGCGGCCACCUGGCUGCAGAGAUCACCAGACUGUGUUCGCUGGCCAAACGGGAUGAGCUGCCCCUCGGUCUCGAAAUGGACGCCUUCGAGAUGGCGUUUAAAGUGAAGCUGUUAUUUCAGAUCACACUGCGAGUGAAGGAGUCUGAGGUCCAGUGUCUGAAGCAGGAAAUAAAGAGUCUGAGGGACGACCUGCAGUCGGCACUACAGGACAAGAGGAACGCCUCAAAGAAAUACACAGACGUAAACACGGAGCUGAGCAGCGUCAGAGCCAAAGCGGACCGGGAGGCCGAGGAGCUGAGAGAGAACCUGAGGCUGGCUCAUCACGCUCUGAGAGAGACUUCUCCAUGACUCCUCAUUAUGUCCUAUUUGUGAUAAAGACACCUGUUUGUAUUUAACAAUUACUGCCAUUAUGCAUCCUAUCAGUUGUAAGUUAUUUGAUACCCGUCACAGUUUGUAUGACCCUGUUUUAAGGCAAAUGAAUAUUUUAAAUUAAAACGUUUUUUUUUGUUGCAAAUAAUUCUACUUAACUUAUUUUGAUAUUAACUUUUCUUUUUAUCAAUUAAAGUGGCUCUAUGAAA